AUGAGCUUACACAACGACAACCCUUCUCGCUUGAACCCCAACGACGAAGACGACGACGUCGAAAUGAUCGACGUCCCAUUGUCAUCUCGAUCUGCUUCCUCCUCCCCCGAGCCAAACGACGAGAACCAACGUCCCUCUACUCAGGGCGAGAACCCUCCUUCCUCGAUGUUCAACUGGCAAUCAUACGACGGUUCGCCAUGGGCGCCUCUAAGCGGUUUCUUGCACUUGUACUCUCUCCCCGGUAGUCUCGGGUCUUUGGUACCACCCUUGCCUUCUAUUGGACUUUCGUCUUUCGGGCCGGCAUCUUUGUUCCCCUCGCCUUUUGGGGUAAGUUUGGAGCGGGAUGAUGAUUUGGAGGAUUAUUAUCGGAGUUUGGAGAGGAUGUCUGGGGCUCCGAUGGACCGUCCUGUCACUGUCAGCAGCCCACCAGCAGAAGAAGAGGAGACUGACAAGAGUGUCAUCAUGUCCCCUGAUGAAGCGCUCGAAUUUGUAGCUAAAAACAGAGAUGAUUGGGAGAAAGUGAGACCUGCUUCUUCCCGCCGCGGAACUCCUUCGCCAAACAGCCAGGCUCGAGAGGCCGGAACGCGCACUCUGGGCAGUCAUCGGCAAUACGGGAUCUCAAAAGCUUCCAAAAGAGGAGGAGCCUCGGAUGGUGCUAGUCCGGGAAGGAGAACGGUGUAUAGGUCGCCUUGUGUUGAAGAAACGGAUGACGAAGAUAUCUGA